UGGUAUGUUCCUUAUACCAUGGAUAUUCUGCUUCUUAAGCCAUUACUAUUGGUACUGACUGGCUGUUUCAUUGGACUGUUCUACUAUCGCCUUCCAAGCCUUACCCAGAGUGGGAAAAGUUCGGGCUACAAAAAACCAAAUUUCAUAAUAAUUUUAGCCGAUGAUGUCGGAUGGGGAGAUCUUGGGGCCAACUGGGGACAGAGAAAAGACACUCCUAACUUGGAUAAGAUGGCGAUGGAAGGAAUGAGAUUUGUAGAUUUUCAUUCGGCUGCAUCCACCUGCUCUCCAUCACGUGCUUCUCUACUCACGGGACGACUCGGCCUUCGUAAUGGAGUGACCCAUAAUUUUGCUGUGACAUCAGUAGGCGGCCUCCCGUUGAAUGAGACAACAUUAGCAGAAGUCCUGAAGGAAGCUGGUUAUCUCACUGCUGUGAUAGGGAAAUGGCACUUAGGACACAGUGGUCCUUAUCAUCCCAUCUUUCGUGGUUUUGAUUAUUACUUUGGGAUACCAUAUAGCCAUGAUAUGGGCUGCACCGACACACCAGGCUAUAACCUCCCUCCUUGCCCAGCUUGCCCCAAGCACUCUACAACAGGAAGCGACCACCAGAAAGGCUGCUAUUCUGAGACUGCGCUUCCUCUUUUUGAAAAUCUUACAAUUGUCCAACAGCCUGUGAACCUAACCAGCCUAGCUGCAAUGUAUACAAAGAAAGCGAUCAAGUUCAUCCAUGACACAAGCCAGAGCAGUCAGCCCUUCUUCCUAUAUCUCGCUCUGGCUCAUAUGCACGUGCCUUUGGUUUUGCCUGAGCCACCAUGGAAUCCGUCUUGGCAAGAUCUGUAUGGAGCCAACCUGAGGGAGAUGGAUGCCCUGGUGGGACAGAUAAAGGACAAAGUUGACAGCGCUGCAAAAGAAAACACAUUCCUCUGGUUCACAGGAGACAACGGGCCUUGGUCUGAGAAGUGCGAGUAUGCAGGAAGUGUUGGUCCGUACACUGGGAUAUGGCAAGGAAAAAGAGGUGGCAGCUCAGCCAAACAAACGACCUGGGAAGGCGGACACCGCGUUCCCACGCUGGCCUAUUGGGCGGGGAAGAUCCCGGCAAAUGUGACGAGCCCCAUGAUGUUGAGCACUUUAGACAUAUUCCCUACCUUGGUGUCUCUCGCAAAUGCAAGCCUCCCUCCCAACAGACGGUUUGAUGGUAUGGAUGUGUCUGAGGUCCUCUUCAGGCAAUCGGACAAAGGGCAUAAGACAUUGUUCCACCCCAACAGUGGGGCAGCUGGGAAAUAUGGAGGAAUACAAGCCCUUCGGCUGGACCAAUACAAGGCGUUUUAUCUCACAGGUGGUGCCAAGGCCUGUGAUGGAAGCGUUGGACAGGAACAGUACCACCAGCCACCUCUCAUUUUCAAUUUACAGCAUGAUAUUCAGGAGCAGGAACCCCUGGACAUCCAUGCAGCUGAGUACUGGGCUAUCUUACCCGCAGUAAGCAAGGCACUUCGGGACAUUCUUCAGGAUAUUAAGACAGACAAUGUGUCUAUGGCAGAUUACUCUCAUGACCCAGCUGUGAUCCCCUGCUGUAACCCACACCACUUGGUCUGCAGAUGCCAACCAGCUUAUGCCAACUCAACUUUGGACAAAAAGGUGCUGUACUGAUAUGGAGAGCUCUUGAGUCAGGAACCAUUAACACCAUCCUCCCAUGAGGCCCAUAAGCUCAAGGAAAGGUGCAGAUGAAACAGUAGUGAAGACUUUAGAACCAAUGUGUUUUAGGAUUUUAACUGUUACGUAAUGAACUAUUUUGAGAAUUUUUUUUGCUGUUGAAAGGCAUCAGGCCCAUCCAGACUUCAAGCUUGUGAUACCUACGUUGUUCUUAACUGGAACCUUGAGAUCUGCCAACCAGAGCCAAGUGCAAAACCCAUGGAGUUAAAAGAAUUCAUGAGCCCAGAAAUUUGUUUUGAGAACUGAAUGGCGCUCACAGUCCUUUAACACAAAAAUCCACUGUUAGUUACCGGAAGUGUUUAGAAGUAUAGUUUAGGAUUAAGGUAGGGAGCAAUUUGUUGCUGCUAUUGUUAAACAAUUGGGAAUCAGAAAUCCUUGCUGAUCUUCUUCAGAGAUCUACCACUCAAUCCUGAUUUUACCUGCUUGUCCACCAUUCAUGUUGUAAAUAAAUGCUGAAUUUGGGACUUUCA